AACCACAACAACUUUUGAGUUGGGGAUGAUAAAGGUUGUUAUUUUGUGUUGAAUAGGACUAACAGCAGGACGUAGACCAGCCACAAUGUCAAAACUACUCGCUUUACCACAGGAACUCCUCAUGUAUACUCGAGGCUUCAUCCCGGUCUCCGACGAGCUCACUCACGUUUCACUACAAUCAACGCGCAAACUGUUCCUCGAUCUCUAUAUGGAGGACGAGAAGUUUUGGAUGUCCUUAUGUGCCGCGUGUGAUAUUGGCCGACCAUUAGUGUCUACCAUUCCAGGUUGGAAACACCCAAUGCAGGAUGCCACUUGGCGAGAGUUGGGGAUCAUAAUCGCGAACCAUUACGUGACCUGCGCUCCCUGCAAGGUUUAUCAUCCACUUGUCCAGGUUUCGGGGACGGGAUUAGUACUCUGCCGCUAUCACCAACUGAAGUCCAAAAGACUACGGAAAUUGUCUAUGGAACAACCGUAUACAUGCGAUUCAGCUUGGUGCCGUUGUCUUUGACUGGGGACGACGUUGUGUUGAAUUGCCAUACACGGCACGGAAAGGAGGAGAGCACUUUUCUGAAGCAUACCCCAAAUACUUGCGUAUUUGCAACUUACCCUCAGUCAUUGGAGACACUUUCAAUUAUCGUUCUUGGCUCCAUCCAAGUAGAAGUGACCAACAAGAUGGGUGUUACGCAGUGGGACGUCGUCGCGCACGUUGAUCAGGCUCUGGAUCAUGCUCUCACAUUCGCGGAGCUCUUUGAAAUAUAUCAAACUUAUAGAGAUGCGGACGCAGCCGUAAUAUCACCUCACUCGCUUCGACUUUCUCAGAGAUACGACUGUUGGACAAUUUAUCCCAAUGGUCCGACAAUUCUUUAUCGAUCCGGAUCCAUACGCCCAGCGAGUACCACUGAAUUGGAAUGACGUCGCAUAUUACUCGCUGGGCGUAUGGGACUUUAUAAUGGAAACCGAAAGCUGGAGUCAUGUGACGAUAUUGAACGUCCUCAGGACCCUUUAUGAUUUCAAUGCCGAAGCUAAAGAAUUCGAGUGGAUGAAUGCAUGGAGAAGUUACUCGACAUUGCGAGGAUUGCUUUGUCAAGGGCGGAAGACGUAUGUCUAUCUCGCUCUUUGUUCGGGUGGAGGGUUCUGGUUCCUCUUUGUUAGGCCAUUCUGGGGAAUCAAACAAGUUGCACCCGGUUCAGUGACGUUCAAAGCCGAAUGGCUCAUGCACGUUUAGGCCUCACAUUCAAACCCUUCAGAGUUGGCACAUAUAGACGGCGUUGUGGUUGCAUAACGGACGUAAUUGACCAGCAGGCGAAAACUAAAUGUUUGGGGGUCGGAUUCUCUCUCUAUCGAAUAAUGACAUGCCUAAGGCUCUGAGCUCUAGCUAGCAUAAUUACAACGCGAUUGGAGUAUACUAUGAUGUAAAUUAGUGCGAGAGAGUUUCGUAGCAAGGAAACCAUCGGGGCGGUGGAGCGGGGGUGGGGGGACACCCGCACUU